AUGGCAUUUAAUAUGAUACUUGUUAGGGUAUAUUCGGAUAAACCAGGUGCCUUUUUCAUUGACGACCCAGGAGGAACUGGGAAGACAUUUUUAUAUAGAGCUUUGUUAGCAAAUGUAAGAUCAAAAGGAUUUAUAGCUUUAGCAACUGCAAGUUCUGGUGUUGCAGCUUCAAUUCUCCCCGGAGGCCGAACUGCACACUCACGUUUCAAAAUUCCAAUUGAUAUUGAUAGCAACUUUACUUGCAACAUUAGUAAACAAAGUUCAUUAGCAUCUCUAAUUCGAGAUUCAAAAUUAAUUGUUUGGGAUGAAGUGUCAAUGGCCAAAAAUAAAAUGAUACAAGCUUUGGAUAUUCUUUUAAAGGACCUAACAAGUAAAUCAUGUUUGUUCAGCGAAAGAGUUGUAGUCUUUGGAGGAGACUUUACACAAACACUACAUGUUGUUCGCAAUGGAAAAAGAGAAGACUUUGUAUGUGAAAGCUUAUUAUAUUCUGAUAUAUGGAAUCAACUUGAAAAGUUAUGCUUAUCCGAAAAUAUGCGAGCAAAAGAAGAUCCUACUUUUUGUGAUAUUUAA